UCUCCGGUUAACUUCUAACAGCGGAAAAAGGAUAAAUAUCCUUCGACUCAGUGGUAAAACUUCGAACUCGGAACUCCAAACACCAAACUCCGGUACUUCGCUUGUUGAUGUUGUGGCAAAGCAAUAAAAACUGUAAUUAGUGUGCGCUUGUGGACUCGCAAAAUUUAAUUAGCAAGCAAUGUGGUGAAAAGUGGGAAAUAAAUAAACAAACCCUUCAGGAGUACAAAAAACUAAACUAACAAAAAAAGUAAUUCAAACGAAAUGCAGUUUCCGAACGGGCAGCGAUGAAUGCAGGUGCUGUGUAAGUGCCUCUCCUGCGGAUAGAGGGUCGGAUCCCGGCGGAAUCAAAGCCGGAACGUGACUUUUGCCGAAAGUAAAUUGAGCCACCGCAGCGAUAAAAGCUGCCAUGCCAAACGGCGAGUGUCGCUAGGACACUCGCAGCCAGAUAAAGGAUCCGAAUCCAUGGCCGGGCCAAAACCCGGUGCUCCUGCGAUGCACACCGAUGACAUCUAUUCGCGGGCGCACUCCGUCGCCCUCGUCGCCCUGCUCCUCCUCCUCCUGCAACUGGUGGGCUGCUCCACGGCGAAUCCUGUGAAUCCCUGUGCCCACAAGGGCAUGGCCGAGCUGAUUCGCACCAGUCCGGUGAUUGUCAAGGCCCUCGCAGCGCGGCUCUUUUCCGAGGAGCCAGAGGGACAAUCCGCGCAGGACACGAUUUUAAUAACAUUAACGCCGGAAACGAUAUACAAGGGCGCCUCCCUGCUGAAAAUGGCCAACGGGGCGGCCGAUGCCGAGGACGCCAUGUCCUCGCGAGCCGGAGGACCCAUGUCCUGGAGCUCUGCCCGCCGCAGCAGAGGUCCCUACGCGAACAGCGGAACAUCCUGGAGCGGCGCUGAGUCAGCCUUUCAGUACGAGGGUCAGCUAAACGCGACCCUCCAGCCGCUGCGGUGUUUCGAUAGUAACAUGCUGAAAAUGCUGCCGGCUGAAUUAAUUGCCUUUGGCAAACUGCUGCCCGCUGCGGCAGCAACAUCCCCCGCAGGAAGUCCUGCUGCACGGCAGUUGCAGCGACCGCCCGUCGGCGGCGCUAGCGAUGUCCUGCAAAUCAGCGUCAACGGUCUGCACCGCUGGACGCCGCAGUUCGAGAACCAUAUCUGGAAGCAUUUGGGAUGGGACGACUGGAGCGACUUCACCCUGUGCAGCGUCACCUGCGGUCAGGGAGUGCAGCAGCGCUUCCGGCGCUGUCUGCUGGACAACCCGCUGGUGGACAUCAAUAUGAACCUCAACCUGGUGGACGACGACGACGACGAUGACGACGACGUGGUUGAGGGUGAGGGUGGGGAUGCGGGUGGGGAUGCGGGUGGGGAUGAGGAGGCCGCAGUGGAGCUAACCUUUUCCAAGGAGGCGGACACUUUCGGCGACGGCAAUAACGAUCUGCUGGCCGAGGAUGACGGGAAUGAGCACGACCUGCUCAUAAUGCGAGCAAGUGGCGACGAGUCAUUGCAUAAAUUUGACCAAACGACAACGAUAAUGCCACAGACCAGAGUCCAGGGGCAGGCCCAUCCGAAUCCGAAUCCCAGUCCCCCGGGAGAAACAAGCGGCGGUAAUGAACCGCCGCCAGUCGAUGGAGCAGGAGCUGGCGAAAGUGUCAGGUUUGUGCUGAGUGCACACAAUGACCGGAAUGGAGGUGGAGUUGGAGUUGGAGGAGAAGCAGGAGCAGGAGCAAGAGAGGGAAUGCGAAAGGGAGCUGGGAGUGGAACUGCGACCAGGAAGGCACGUGCCAGCAAUCAGCACAAGAAACGCAAGCCUGCCAAGAGCGUCGCCCUGUCCACGCUCCUCUGCGAAGGAUACAACAUCGAGCAGCGCAACUGCAACAGUUUCGAGUGCAGCGAUGAUAUCAGUGAUCUCUUGAAAUUCUACAAGAAACUCCCAAUGGGUGAGGAGCUGCCCACCCAGCCGUCGGAUGCUUCGUACGCCUCCUCCUAUCCGGAUCCGUAUUCAAAUGCGGAUCUCACCACGGCGGGUGUGAUGGGCACAUCCUUCAGUCCAACGCCCUCGACGCCCUACAACAUGGGCUACAUCCGGAGCUGGAGGAACCUGCUCAACUUCACCCUGAUGGUAACACUGAGGGCCAAAAACGAUACCAAGAGCACGGCGACCAUUUUCUCCAUCCGCAACGCCACCCACAAUCUUUAUCUGGAGGCCUGCAAGGACGGACUGCGAUUGUAUCUCGAACGGGACAAUACGACGGAAAUGUUGCCGGUGAAAUUCAAUUUAUACGAUUAUCGCUGGCAUCAAGUGGCCAUCAGCAUACAGAACGGCGAUUUCAUAUCGAUUUACGUCGACUGCGCGUGGACAAACAGUUUUGUCGUCUCCAAGCGACUUUUCACGUUGCCCGUGGACGCGGAUGUUGAAAUCGGACGCGGCUUUAACGGGGAACUGCAGCAACUGCUCGUCCUGCCGGAGAACCAGGAGCGGCUGCAGUGCAGCAACAAGCGGACCUCCAUCAACGAGGUGAAGCGCUACAUCAUCGACACGUUCAUCGAGGACUACAACGGCAACUGAAGCAAUUGCGAGUUCGAGUGCCAAUCGACCGAGAACCACAUGAAUACAGCAUGCCAAAAUGCGUAUAUUAUAUUGCGGCAAAUCCACACAAAUCCGAUUACAAAUUUGCCAAAUCAAAACUGCAUAGAUUUAUGAUUAUAUUCAUUUCAUUUGCAUACACAUAAGGGGCGAAAAGUAUGUGCAACUAUACAUACUAAUAUUACGCAUACGCCAUGUGAUUUAUGCGCUAGCAAACAGCGCACACCACCACACAGCCCACAAAGCAGUCGGUAGAAUUCGAUUACGGACACAUUAUGGGUGUCAUCAUGCCACUAGAGAGAAGGGAGAAUCAACCGGGGAAUGUGCUCGGUAUUUGUAAUAAUAAGCUAAUUUGACGGAAUACAAUAAUUGUAAACGCGGUAAUUAAUACAUUUUGCAUAGCGGAAGGCGACUGCAAAAUAGAAGAACAGGACAGAAAAUCAAAUAUAACACAACUAUGUAUAUGGUA